GAAGUGCCGCGUCAGUGAUCAUGGAGCCGAAAUAGCUUUUACGUAAGAAAACUGAUCGCACGGGCUCACACUCACAUGUUCCACCCGACGAAACAUGUAGCGCUCUGAUUUCGGGGCAUACGUCGCUGUUUAGCUGCAUACGUCAUCUAAAGCCCGAAGCAUGUGGAGGUGUUCAGUCUGUACCUACGACAAUGCCGACCAGCAUCUGCUGUGUGUUGUGUGCAACAUUGGAAGAAAUGAUCAGUAUCCAGUUCAACACCAGGUGUCCAGUCAUGGUUGGGGUGCUGGAGCGAGUAUGGGGCCAUGUCCGUCCUGUAUGUUGCAAAGCGCACUACUUUCCUACAUGCUGCAUAGCCCUCAUAUGCAUGGUUUCUACGGAAAAACAAUUGGUCCUCAAGGAGGGAUGUUACAAGGACACGGAGGAGGGAUAGACCCAUUUUCAGCCUUUGCGACACCACUCCAAUAUGAAGCCAUGAACAGGGCAUCAAAUAGGGAACAGUUCCCCAUGGCGGUACCGACAAAUCCCACCAAUCGACCGAAGUCAGCGCUUAGAGAGGCUCCAAGAACAACAGCGGACGCUGCCUCCACGUCCAGUUGGGAUCCUGAAGCCGAGAACAAUGCCUCCAACAUACCACAGCCUACCAGAGUGACUCCAAGAAUAGCCAAAACCUCAUCAAGAGUUGCAGAGACGCCAAGAGCAUCAGCUCAAGACAGCAACACUGAACUUCUACAGACUACAGAAUCUCUGGAGAAAGAAAUUCGGAUCGUGCUCAUCGGUCGCACUGGAUCUGGUAAAAGCGCCACUGGCAACACCCUCACAGGAAAGAAGUUGUUCCACUCCAAAGUGGCAGGUCAGUCAGUCACUAGACAAUGCAAACGUACCUCCACUCAGCGAUACGGGUACAGUCUCGAGGUAGUGGACACGCCGGGAUUGUUUGACACAGGAUUGUCAAACACGGACACGAUUAAAGAGGUGGUGAAAUGUGUGGCAUUGACAUCCCCGGGACCUCAUGCCAUCAUUUUAGUGACGAGAAUAGACCGGUUCACAGAGGAGGAGAAUACAGUGGAACACUUCAGGGCUGUGUUCGGUGAAGGAAUGAAUGAGUACCUGUUCGUUAUCUUUACAAGGAAAGACGAUCUUGAUGCUGAUAGGUCAAGUAUAGAAGACUUCGUUCAAGCGGUCCCUCCGGAACUGAAACAGCUCCUUGCUGAUUGUAACAACAGAUACAUUGCCUUCAACAACAGACUUCCACGUCAAGAUGAUGCCCAGGUACGUACAUUGUUCAACAUGAUUUAUGCUAAUGUAGAGAGAAACAACGGAACGUGCUACACAAGCGAGAUGUACAAGGAAGCUGAGCUUGUGAUGAAACGAAGAGAGAAGCAGCUUGCCGAGCAAAUGGAGGAACAUGCAAAGCAGGAACGGCAAAAGUUAGAGAAGGAAUUUGAGGAAACUGUAAAGAAAAUGAAGGAGGACAAUGAGAAACAUGUCAGUGGUCUUCAAGAUCAACUCAAAGUUUUAGAAACGACUUCAAAACAAUCUGAUGAAAUAAAUGCUCUGAAGAAGGAGAUUGCCAAUGCAAAGAAACAAGCCGAAUUUGACAGGGAAGUGAAGGACCGAGAACACAAGAAGGAGAUGGGGGCAAUGGAAAAGAAGCUGACAGAGGAUCAGAAAAUGGCUCGUGAAAAGGCGCGCGAGGAGAUAGAGAAGGAGGAAUCACUCGGUAUUUGGGAUGGAUUGAAGCAACUUGGCCGAGGAAUAAAGAACACGUUCUCACGUAUUUUUCAAGAAAGUGACAUUGCAUACUCAGUGUGAUAUUUUAAUGUAAACAGAAACACUGAUAUCUUGUACUUUUAGGACUGAAGCAACAAUGUUUAACUACACAGAUGGAUACUGCAGAAAACUAUUUAUUGACUAUAUUUAUCUCAUCUCUAUAAGUACAUAUCGUUAGCACAUGUAGGUUGGCUUAUUGCAAAACAAGUGGCAAAACCCUUUCCACAUCUAUAACAAAUAUCCGAUAAAAGCAGAAUAUUUAAUCUGUACUCUGGGAAAUGUACAUAGAACAUGUCAUUAUCAUCAUGACAGUGUCUGUGUAGGAACACAGUCAUCUGGGAGUUCCAGACCUACCCCUAAAGACGACAAAAUGGUUAGUUCAAACACUACCAUCAAAAUGUUUUGUAUAAAGAAACAUCAGAUACCCAUUUGAACUCAAAAUCUAAACUUUUGAAAACUGUUUCGCCAUACUUAAGAUCACAAACAGUCGAAAGCAACCGAAACAUUUGAGACAACUGUUCACGUCUUGAGUUUCGAAAUGUGGCGUUUCACGUUGACAACAAACUAACAGAAUACAUAAACUGAAAGUUCUUCUCUACAGAUGACUAGACUCUUUGUUAGACAUGCCUCAAUUAUAACAGCAUAAAGUUUGUAUAGUU